AUUGAUACAAUCAUCUAUUAGCCAGUCGCCUGACAAACGGGUUAAUAUUCAACAUUUGACACCGCUAAUCGUAAACACUAAAUGUGUUGUUACAGUUAGUGGAUUCAAAAAAAACUUUGGAUUUGGAUUUACAACUAUUGGAAUUAUUAGCUAAUAUACUUAUUCUUAUUAUACAAUGACCACCUAUCUUGCAUGUAACAAUGAUAACCAAUACCCGAACUCAGAUGAUAAUAUUUUACAUGACAAUCAUCGAAGUAAUCCGUAUGAGAAUAAUAAUAAUUCCGAUCAGAUUUCUGCGGAUUUAAAUGGAAACAAACAAGGAAUAUCCUUAGAAAAAUCGAUUUCUAAAGAAUCACAUAAUACUAUGGAAAAGUCAUCAGAUGGUUGUAUACCAGAGCUUCAAAAUUCAUUACAACAUUACAAACCAUCUACAGGAAUGCAUCCAUUUGAUGAAUCUGAAAAUUAUCUUCGUGAUGAUAUACAGUCAUUAUUUCAACGCCACACUCAAAUUGUUCAACGACUAGAACAACUUGAUAAAGAGCUACUGACAUUGUUACAUGAAGAAUGGUCAAUUACUGGAAAUGUACCGUCAGACUAUGAAUCUUUAAGCAUGAAACUUGGUAUAUACAAUAAACCUGUAAAGAAUACAUCAUAUCCUUUAUCACAUGUACUAGUUCAUAAAGCAAGUACAGUCAGUAUGAAACAAGAAUAUUAUGAAUUUCUAAAGAAAAAGAAGAAAUAUUUAACUAUUGCUACUAAUAAACCAACAGAAAAUGCUUCAGUAGAAUUUGAAUCAACUAAAAUCAAUUCAGAAAUCGAUAAUUUUUCACUUCCAAAUGACGAAAUUACCAAACGUCAUCAAAAUACAGCACAACGUUUAGUUGAAGCAUUUGGUCGUAGUAUUAGUACUGAAUUAUUGUUACCAAAUGAAAAGUUAUAUAACGUUAUUGAUUUAACUGAUAGAUGCUCUAAUUCAAAUACUUCUUCUAUUCACGAUUAUAAUUCUGGGCAUUUAACUUUUGAUAAACGUCAAUAUUAUAAAUUUAAAACGGAUAUUCAUUUAACUCCAUCAGAUUAUCAUCACUUAAAUCAUGUAACAUCAAUAUCUGAUUACAGUUCAUUCCUAUCAGCUGACUAUUCACCAACAAUUUCUCUUCGAAGUGAUCACAGAUCAACUAAAAAUGGUAUGAAUAAUACUAAUAAUAAUCAAGAAAUAAUAUCCAAUUACCCUAGUAAUUUAUCAUCAAAUAUUAAUUGUCAUAAUCACUCUGACAAGAACAUUGAAUGUCUGGAAGAUGAAAAGUUUGAUAGUGAUUUAAGAUUGAAAAACUUGGUAACCGAAGAUUUAGUUGAAAAUAAUCAAGCUACACAAAUAGACAGUGAUGUUCACGAUGAAAAAGAGGAAGAUAUUGAUCGUGUAGCCUAUGAAAUUGAAUUACGACGACUUGAAGUUGAUUUUGCAGUUAUAUCACAAUUAUAUGCUGUGCAUAAACAAAGAGCAAAAGAGACGAAAUUUGAAUCAUAUAAAAUUGCAUAUAAAUCUAAUUCUAAAAAGUUGAAGGAUAUCACUCAACAAAUGAAUCAUAUAAAAAAUAUAUUAUUGUCAAAUCAGCAAUUGAAUGAAAAGCAGCCUGUUGUUUCAGUUGACAGAAAAAUAAUACAAAACCAGUUUCGCAAGCGACGAAGAACAUGGAAUCCACUUAAACUUAGUUCUUCUAACUGGACUAUAGGGAGCGGUGCAUCACCUAGACGAUCAAAGCUUGAUGCAAUAAAAUUUCAUGAUAUCUCCACACCGGUUACACCUAAUACCACUACAAAAAUUCCAAACAAUUGUCUUGAACGUCAAAGCAACAUUUUUACAGAUGCCCCUCAGUCAACAAUUGUAGGAAGACGGAUACAACAUACCCUCCCACGUCAUAGUAAGCUCUGCUAUGAAGAAUCUUUCAAGUGUGAGAAAUUGGUUGCAGAAUGUCCAGUAAAACAAGUUAUUGAUGAAUACUUUCAUCCAGAUCCUCUUACUACAAUAAAUGCAACACCAAUUAAGCAAGAUAUAACAACUGAAUCUAAAUCCACCUCAUCUAAUUCAGUUUUAUAUCCUGUAGAAACUAGAUAUGUUACUGCUUUGAACAAAAGUUUCCAUCAUCCUUCUGAUUCCAGUACUACCAAUCCUCCGACAUUAACCAGCGCUGUCGUUCAACAUAAACUAACAUCUCCAGAUCGUACUGUACAUAAAACGGUUGUUCAUGAUCGACGUCGAAAAUAUGUUAAAACAUCCAAACGUUCACAUUCAUUAUCAUCAGAACUCUUCAUUGUUUCUGUUGAUGAUACAUACAAUCUUCCACAUAGUCUACUGAACAAAAUUGCUCGAGUUCGCUCUCUUCCACAAUUCAACAAUAAUCAAAAUUGUUCCAGUGAAUACAUGGAUAAUACAAAAAAGAAAACAGUCCAUGAAAGUUAUUCAAUUGAUGGGAAACUUAAAAAUCUUAAACGUCAACCACUAAGUGUAACGACACAGUCAUCAGGUAUUGGUUUCAACAAUUCAUCUGCUUCUGUCGAAUACACUGACAUACUUGGAUCACCUAACUUGAAUUGUGUUAAGUGCAUACCUAAAAAGACUACCUCAUCAAAUACAUCCUCGUCCAACUGGUCGACUUCAGGUUGUUCAUGUUUAUCUUCACAGACAAACAAUUCGUCUCCAUAUGAAGAAAGGGUUUUAAAAAUAAAUGAGGAAUUACAUGAUGAGGAAAAACAAAAAUCAAAACCCAAAACAACCGGCUCUGAUGAAUAUUCUAAUACACCAGCAGAAAUUUGUUUAGAAGAAACAAUUGAAAACAAGGUUAUACUAAGACAUACUGACAAAAGAGGAAGAAGAGUGCCUACUACUCUCAUAGAAAAUAUUAAUACACUACCUUUUGGAAUAGCAGUUUCUGCCAGAUGUAUAUGCAGCUGCUUCUCGGAACAUGGUCAUCUUAUAGCUACUUCUGAGUCCCAUAUUUGUCAAUGUUGUCAUUCAAAUAACCUUACCAACAUAGAUACAUCAACAACACUCAAUAAAUCUGACUUUAGGACUAUCAACAAUCUCUCUACAGCACAUGGUGAGGGUAAAAUAGCGUCUGUGCCAUCUUCCAUAUGUUAUAGUGAAGAAGCACGAUCAGUCAAUACAUCUGAUGAUGGACUUCAUUCAAAGACCCAUUUAAACUGUUAUUCGUUGCAAACUCCAAAAAGUCAUGAUAAAAGUCAGGAGAACGAAGAAAGUCUUAUUUCGCAAACUCCUAAUAAUAACCCAGCUACACUUGUGAAUUCCAGAAGUGCUCUUAAAGGUCGGUUAAGUUUAAAACCAUUUUCUUUAUUAAGACGUGCUGUUUCAAAAGUUACAACAAAUUCAGGACGUCGUUCACUUAAUGCAAACACACCUUUCACAAUAAAUAGAAAAAAGUGUAUUACUAGCCCAGCAAUAUUACCAUCUCUUGCCACAGAAAGACUAAAGGAGAUAAACACUAGUAGUCUCACAAAUGAUAAUACUGAUAUUUGUAGAAGACCUAAAUGUUCAUUUAUUGAGACUCGUGAUCCCUUAGGAUACCAAUCAAAUUCUAGUAUUUAUACCACAACAAAUAAUAGCAAUGUACGUCAUUUUACAUGGGCCAAAAAACUUCGACAUUCAAUACGUCCAUCACAUGUGCUAUCAAAUAAAUGUGUAAACUAAUUUCUAGAAUACUUAAUAUUUUACACCAAGUGUGUACAUACUACUUUGUCUUACCUGUGAUCUGAUGUUUAGAUUAACUAUUACUAUAAUUAUGACAGUAGCUGAAACGUGAUCAUUUAGAUUGUUAACAGAUUUACUUUGUCAUAUGCAGUAAAAUUGCAUGUAAUUGUUUCUUUUUUUGUAAAUUGAUUACUUAUCUGCAUAUAAUGUCCCAUCUGUACAUACAAAAAAUAUGGACAAAAUUGAAUAUCUCUUUUGAGAAUCGUUUAUUGGUGUAUGUAAAAUUAUUAUAUAACAAACAAUGAUAUAGAUAGGUUGUAUUCUACUUUUAAAGAAAAAACCAUAGAGAAUUGAUUUAAUUUGUAAUUAAUCAACCUGACAAUUUUUUUAUAUUUUGAUUUCUUUUCUAUUUCUUUAUUGAAUAAAUAAACAAAAGUUGUUCAUGAUUCAAA